AUGCGUCAGGUGGAUCCAGAGGUACGUAAUUUCCUCCGAGAGUUGCUUGAUUUCUUCACGCAUCUUGGCAAUUUUCCGCCCGUCGCUGACCCCCGAUUGGUAACCUCGGUAAUAGCAUGCAACGAUGCCUACGUUCCCCGGGAGGAUGUUGUUCCUCUCGGUGUAGUCUUCCCUAACUCUGAAAUUCGGUACCUUCCCCAAUCAGGUCACGUCAGUACCUACGUCAGAAACGCCCUCUGGAACCAAGACUUCCGUCACUCAGGCGCGACUCGAGUGUCACGCAUCCCCUCCCAACCUCCACCACCGCACAGCGCCGAACCACUUGCUUCAGUUGAUUUUGUUUCUAGCCACGCGCGUCGAUGGCUUGCGCACUUCUAG